AUGGUUACUCCUCUCGUUCGACGCAUUUCAGAAUGCUUCGUCAAACCACAUGGCUCAACCCAAGUGUCAAACCAAAUAUGCGAUUUAACACCUUGGGAUUUUGCUAUGAUGUCUAUGCACUAUAUCCAGAAGGGUCUACUCUUCAAGAAGCCUGCAACACUUGUUGAUCAACGUCAUUUCAUAGAGAAUCUCUUGGAGAAGCUCAGACACUCUUUCUCUCACUCUCUUCCAUUUCUAUCCUUUGGCUGGCCGCCUUCUGAUAUCCUUUCCCCAGUUGACGUCCCACCCAUUGUUCACUCAUUCUUUGACCACCACAGAGCAGUCAACUAUGAUGGUCACACCAUGCCGUUGUUGUCCAUCCAAGUCACUGAACUAGUUGAUGGUGUUUUCAUCGGUUGUUCCAUGAAUCACGCUGUCGGUGACGGCACUUCGUAUUGGAAUUUCUUCAAUACAUGGUCUCAGAUCUUCCAAGCUCAAACCCAAGCCAAUGAAUAUAUGACACUGCAGUGUACCACGUUUCAUGUUGAAUAG